GGUCGCGAAGAAAGUUUACUGCCCGGGAGCAAUCUGGACUACUUUCAAUCUGCUCGCUGGCGACGGCGGUUGGUGCUUUCCUAGUAGUUGCGUCUUCAACUUCCAGUAGUCUUCAGUUCCCGCGGUGACGGUGGUUUUUUGGUGUUUGGUGCCGUUUGUUAAGCUUUAUUUUAUUUUACACAACCGUUAGAGACAUUGCAGUUUAGUUUAACAGUGUCCACCAACUGUGUCGUAGGUAAAAAACAAAACAUCCAGCAACGUAAAAGAUGCUUUCCAAACUCGUCAUUAUUUCGUGCCUGGUGGCGGUGGCCAUCUGCGAGUCGAAGCUGAAGGUGGAAGUGGUCAGCGUACCGGAGGGCUGCACAACCAAAUCAAAGAAUGGCGACAUGCUGACGAUGCACUACACCGGCAAGCUCACCGAUGGAACCAAAUUCGACUCCAGCUUCGACCGUGACCAGCCUUUCACCUUCCAGCUCGGAGCCGGCCAGGUUAUCAAAGGAUGGGACCAGGGACUGACAGACAUGUGCGUCGGUGAGAAGCGUAAGCUGACCAUCCCGCCAGAGCUCGGCUAUGGUGACCGAGGAGCCGGAAACGUCAUCCCUGGCGGCGCCACGCUCCUGUUCGACGUGGAGCUCAUCAACAUCGGUGACUCGCCCCCAACCACCAACGUGUUCAAGGAGAUCGACGAAAACAAGGACAUGCAGCUGAGCCGCGAGGAGGUGAGCGAGUACCUGAAGAAACAGAUGGUCGCCGCCGACGGUGGCCAGGAGUCGGAGGACAUCAAGAACAUGAUUGCCGAGCACGACAAGCUGGUGGAGGAAAUCUUCCAGCACGAGGACAAGGACAAGAACGGUUACAUCUCGCACGACGAGUUUUCGGGACCGAAGCACGACGAGCUGUAAGACUGGCGUCGGGAGCGGGCGCGGUGGACGGUUGUUUCCGGUUUUUAGUAAUUUUAUUAUAAUUCAGUUUUUUUUUAAACAACGUCGAUGAGGCGCAUCUACGUCCACCUUACGGUUCUAUUUAACGUACGUUAGUUAGUACGCAUGAAGGGAUUGAAGCUAAAAAAAAGCACACAGAGUUGAGGAUUUAUUUUGUGCGAAUGGCGUACGGCUGCCAUUCGCCAGUUGUUAGUGGUUUGUUGAUUUUCGGUAGUUAGUUUUUCCGUUGAUUGGUAAAAUUGCGAGAUGUGGUAGGGGGGUGAGAACGGUUUAUUUAAUAGCAUAACAGGUCGAUCCCGGUUUUGCCGUUCACUACGGAGUUCAGCGGAGUAGUGUAAUGUUCUAAGCAGAUUCGAACGAAACACACAACGCACAAACCGUCUUACCGUGUUGCACAGUACAGUGAGGUCCCGUUCGAUGGGACAGACGAGAUUUGCAUUCAGUAACAUACACAACCAACUCAUACAACAUAAUCAUUCCCAUUGAUUUUUUCGGUUUUCGGUUUCGGUCGUGUAAAUACAUUCACAUCACGCGGAUCAGUACUGAGAAUGCUGCUAGGGGGAGAUCGUGUUUCAGUUUUAGAGGAAUAUGAUUAGAAACGGACGUAGCGAAACGUGUGAACAUCAUCACUUAAACGGUUGCAAGUACACGAACUUUACAUAUCACAACAACAAGUAACACAACGGAAAAUAAACUAUUUGUACGAAAAAGGAAA